UGGCCGCCAGCGGCCGCGGUGACGUGUUUCAGAUACGGUCGUACUUGCCAAAUAUGAGUCACAGGCGAUAUAAAAUCACAUCGUCUUAGAUUCCCGCAUCAUUCCGUAUCAGACCGCAGCACGCUACUGAGUGUAGACAAAUAAAUAAAUUAAUCAAAUGUUUGUGCAAGGUGUUGACGUUCUAAGUUCUACAUUGGAAAAUAUUAGUUUGGACAUUCAAAAUAAAAUGCAGCCAAAAACAAAUAAGACACCUGUAUGCCCGAAGGGUCAACUACCUCUUCUGCAUCUAACACCAGUUGGGGGUGAAAAGAAUACCGAUGUUAAUAGCCAACAAGAGACAGAAAACCCUUGCCUUCUGAAGCCACACUACGACAUGCCGCCCACGCCACCACCACAAACCAACCCACAAUCCUUUGAAUUCUUUCCACAAAGAAUAGGGUAGCUACUCUUUGCUCAUUUUUAGAAACGACAUAGCUUUUAAAUGGCAACCCGCCAUUUCGCCAAAACAUGGAUCUUUACAACAAAGUCGUCAAAUACGCUUCGUAUCGCUAUUACAGUGAAAUACGCAAAUGCCGGAGACGUAUCGGUGGAUCUUUUUGCCAAAUGUGAGCCAAACUACGUCAGUGGACCGACAUCUCGUGUUUAUUUUGCUCAAACUUUUGUUGUGAUUGACGUGAAAAUGUAUUGUUCUAUAAUAGAAAAUUUAUUAUAAUGUAACGCAGUAAUGUUCCUAAAAUUGAUAGUAAUUUCAAUAUUAUAUUUUAUAAGUUAUUGCCAAUAUAGUCUUAGUGAUAUUAAAUCCAGCAAUAAAAAUCUAACUAAGUAGAUGUUAAAGCCCACGAAUGCGAUGAUUUGAUAUAUUAAAAUCUCCAUUCAGUAGGUACAUACUAAGUACUAUAAUUAUAAGUAUUAUAUUUGGGUUACUAAUAUUUAAUAACCUAUUUAGUACAUAUUAAGUUAUUCAAUUAUGAAAUGAGUUAUUAAACAUUCAUAAUAAAAAUAUACCAAAUAAAUAUAUUAAAACAUUGA